UUACAGAACCCCCACAUCACACCACGGUGCUGCUACUUUGGUACUAACGCAUAAUCACGCGGUCUGUCCAUGGAAACCAUACCUGAAGUGUCUCUUCAGAGCCCUAGCCCAAAGGCACAUAAAUUGCUGCUGCCUGCCCAUUGCUACUGACACCCAUCAGCAAGAAAGCGCUCAAAAUCUAAAACUCUACCCCAAACACACGCAAACGAACAAAGCACCAUGGCCACCUCGAUCCUGAACCACCAGUUCACCUUCGCGCAACCCAUCGCAGGCCUGCCCUCGUCCAGCCACAAUGCACACCAGGAGCACCACCACGAAUGCUCCACAGGCGAUAUCCAGCGGCAGAGCGCAUCUCGAGGCAGCUGGUUCCACUUCCACCGGACGCCCAGCCCCGCGCCCGCUAAACACGCAGAGCAGGCACCGGCGCGCCCGUCCUGGACCGCGCCGCGGCAUUCCUGGGGCGCGAAGUUCUGAAUCGCAGCCGCGGCGCACCGCCUGGCAGGGAAGGGCGAAGGCUACCAACAGCUGCGCCCAGAGCGCCGCCGCAUCGCGAUUGGCUUCUCGCGCUCCCGGCGCGCCCGAGCUACCUAGCUAGCGGCGCAGCACCCCUUGUCAGCUGAAAAAUAAAAAGACUCCGACUUCUGCCUUGCGGCGCGAGGCUGAGAGAGAGAGAGAGAAAGAGCUGAAUGAGUG